GUUUUUCUUUUCUUUUGUCAUUCGUAGUUUUUAACAAGUGACAAAACAUCAACAAUUUGUUUGUUUUCUCUUUAAAAUUAAAAAAAAUUAGAGUUAUUUGUUAAAAAUCCAAACAACAAUUUGAGAGCCAUGACUACUCCACCAAAAUUCCCGGGCACCGGUUUGGAAGAAGUCAAUAUACCAGGUCAAGCAUUUCUACGCGAAGCACUUACAUCCUGCACAGAUCCAUUAAAAGCAAUAGAAACUUUUCAGUUAGAAAAUGGUGUUUUGCUACCUUCCCUUCGGCCAAUGCUUCCUCUGCUCGAUUUGCACGGUGUUCGCCGGCUUGACUUUCAUACGUCUUUAAUGGAGGAAUUACGCGAAAAACUAAUCGGAAGAAUCAAUGAACUCGGACAAAAAGAUUCUCGUGAGCGCGACAAGAAACUCAAAGAGUUGCUUGUCAAAAGCUUUCCUGUUGUACGGGUCAAAGCUCUGCGUCCUGUGGUAAUGUCAAUUUUAAGAAAUACCACUCACAUCGAUGAUAAAUAUUUAAGAAUUUUAGUUCGUGAUCGUGAAUUAUAUUCCGAUACAGAUACCGAAGUCAAAAGACAAAUUUGGAGAGAUAAUCAAUCUCUGUUUGGUGAUGAAGUCUCUCCACUUCUUUCACAAUAUAUCAGAGAAAAAGAACAUGUUCUUUUUGAUCAUACAAAUUUGAAUAAUUUAUUCUUUCAUCCAUCGCCAAAAUUACGGCGUCAAGGGGAAGUAGUUCAAAAACUGGCCAAUAUGAUUGGAACCAGUGUCAAACUGUACGACAUGGUCUUGCAGUUUCUUCGAACUCUCUUCCUUCGAACUCGUAAUGUUCACUAUUGUACCCUUCGAGCUGAACUGCUCAUGGCUCUGCACGAUCUUGAAGUUCAAGAUAUCAUUUCUGUAGAUCCAUGUCACAAGUUUACUUGGUGUUUGGAUGCUUGUAUUCGUGAGAAGAACGUUGAUAUUAAACGUUCGAGGGAAUUGCAAGGUUUUCUUGAUAAUAUCAAACGGGGUCAAGAACAAGUUUUGGGUGAUCUUUCGAUGACCCUUUGCGAUCCAUAUGCCAUUAAUUUCCUAGCAACCUCGGCUAUUAAGAUACUCCAGCAUCUUAUCAAUAAUGAAGGUCUCCCUCGAGACAAUACAAUUCUUAUUUUACUUUUGCGUAUGUUGGCUCUGGGUUUGAGUGCUUGGGUAAUGAUUGAUUCACAAGAUUUCAAAGAACCCAAACUAGACAGUCAGGUGGUAACGAAAUUCUUACCGGCUUUGAUGUCUCUAAUGGUGGACGAUCAAUGUCGUAGUUUGCAUGCUAAAUUGCCGCCAGAUGAGCGAGAGAGUGCAUUGACUACAAUAGAACAUUCCGGACCAGCUCCAGAUGCUGUUGAAGCUUAUAUUCAGGAAAGUUCUGUAGCAGCUAUAUUGGCUAUGUAUUAUACCUUGCAUACGGCAAGACAGAAAGAUCGUAUGGGAGUUUUGAGAGUUUUAGCUAUUUUAUCUGCUUGUAAAGAUGAUAGAGCGUAUGAGGAUCCAUUCUUGCACUCGUUGAUUGCUCUUCUUGUUCCAAUGUCAGAAGAAUUCACUACUGAAGAUUUUUGUACUACACUUUUUGAUGAGUUUCUUUUUGCUGGUUUAACAAGGGAUAAUGUAACAAGGCAUAUGCUUAAGUUACUUUGGUAUAUACAUAGUAAAUUGCCUGCUGGACGUUUGGCUACUUUAGUUAAGGCCAUGCAACCAACUACAGCUCAUAAUGAAAAUGUACACAAAUUAUAUGAAUCGUUGCAAGAGCGAAUUGGUAGUACAAUGUUGGAAACACCGGUUGUAGAACCCCCAGAAGCUGAUUUUGAUUCACCAUUGAAAAGUGUACCAACACCAGGACCGCAUUAUUUACAGUAAAAUAUUGGAUAAAGACAAAUAAAUACAAUUAAAUAAAAUUAGUAAAAAUAAAAGAUCUAUGAUUUGAA